AUGUUUUUCUUAAUCAGUAUUCCAUGUUUCCUAAAUAAUGUAAGAGAACUAGAUUACAUUUUCAGGAAAAAAAACGAGUUUUCAGAUCAUUAUGUUUUCAAUAUUAUCAAUUUCAAUGAUUUUCCAAUGUGCAAAAAAAGCCGCUUUUGAAAGUGAUGCAAGGGUAUUUUCUUAGAAAAUGUCUCGAUUUUUAGAAAUAUUUGAAUUCAGGUUGUUUUGGUAGACCCAGCAUCUUCGAAAAAGUGUGCAAAUUCGACAAGAAUCGAAUCACCAAAAUGCGUGUAAGUUUUAACUUUGAAAGUUUGCAAAUUUAUAUGAAAACUGGUUUUUGAAGAGUUCCUCCAUCAAAUGUUCCAAUUUCGCCAAUGGUUAAAGAAGAAAAAACUUUGGAGUAAGUUUCGAUUCUCCAAAAAGUAGAUGUAUUGAAAUUUUCAGACUUGUCAAAUCAAUUCGAUCGGAUCAUCAAGAAUUGAAAUAUACAAAUACAAAUACGGAUACAAAAAAAUAA